CAUUAACGUUAACGCUCAAAGUCUGUCAAACUUCAAACUAUCGAAAAUGGAUAUUUCCGAGAUCACUACAAGCACUUCAUCCACUAAUGGAGACGUCGACAAUCUAACUGCGCAGAUUGAAAAUCUAGACACCCAAGAACCAAAACACAGAUCGUUACUAGAAUCGAGUUAUGAGGUUAAGGUUACGAGUGUCGACGAUGAACCUCUGCUUUCUGUAACGAAAUUCGAAGAAUUAAAUUUGAGCCCAAACUUGUUGAAGGGUAUAUAUGAAAUGGGUUUUACAACUCCAUCAAAGAUUCAAGCAAAGGCGUUGCCCUUGCUUCUCAAAUCUCCACCUCAAAAUAUGAUUGGCCAGUCUCAAUCCGGUACUGGAAAAACAGCAGCGUUUGUGUUAACUAUGUUGAGUCGAAUAGAUUAUAAUUUGAAAUCACCGCAA